AUGGCCUGCACUUUACAAUCACUACGAAUUGGCCGAAGAUUUGAUGCGAUUGGCCCAGUGGAAGAAACACCAAUCGACGCCACCCUCUUCAAUGUUCAGGAAUUGAAAGCUACCGCCGAACUAAUGUGCCCGAAAAAGAGCGCUCUGCUAGCUUAUCGACUGUACAAAUGCCGUGAUAAGCUAGUUAGCUUUAUCGAUGGAUCCAAGGGGCAAUACAGAGUACGUUGUCUUUUUGGUCAGAUUUUCUGCCACCUGGAUAUCCUUACAAUAUUUCGAUUUCUGGAUGAAUUUUUAGUGGUGAAUGUUUGUGUAUGUAUGUGUACAUUGUCUUUGCGUUUGUGUGUGGCGGUGUGUAUAGAUAUGUAG